CUUUCUAGUGCCACCACGGUAUUGGAGACAACCACGAACAGCGAGGACACAAGCUGCGUCGAAAUAGCAGCAGCUGGCCAUCUGGAAUCCUUUAGCAGCCACCUCAGCGAAACAGCAACACAGCCAAAGAAAAACACAUCUGUAUCAGCACUUUCUACGCCUCAUACCUUCUCUCCGACUGAGACUCAGUAGAGAAUAAAGAAGGCAAACAGCCCUGCUAUUUAUUUGGCAAUCAAAGAAGGCAGCUAUUGACCUACAGACCCACAGCUGUAGUUCGUCCAAUUACUGCUGUCCUACUCUGUAGUCAAUCUUUCUCAGCCUUCCUGACAUACUUGCUGCAGAUUCUCAUCUCAUUUUACGCACAUACUAUUAUUCGCUGGGACCAAGCGACUGCGCGCAAUCAACUUUUUGCCUGUGAUUGCGCUUUUCUCGUCACUCAUCAUAAUACACAGUUUGGAUCUUGCUACUGUAGCAAGUGAACAUCACCCUUUAAUAACACCAGCAAACACGUCAACAACAAACCCAUUAUUACAAACAUCACAUCAUCGUCAUGGGAUAUCACAACAGCCACCAAGAGAUUCGCGUGUUGAGCGUCGAAGAUGCGAUUGAGACUCUCACCAAGCUGGAACAUCGUCUGAAAGAAGGCACCAGCGUGAAGCAACGGAAACGCGUCAAGGGCGUACAAUCCUUAUCUCUCACACUGGCUCUGGCCGACACCUCUGUUCCACAAGACGAACAGCUAGUGACUCUGUGCCAAGGGGUAGCACGAUGCUUUCCCAAAUUGAAGAGUCUGCAGCUCUCAUCCGAAAUAGAACACGAAGAACACCCAGAAUCACACGGCCACACCUUUUGUAUUCCCGUCCAAGCACUGACAGCUCUGUUACAUCCCAAUAAAGGUUUGAAGAAACUCAACGAACUCACACUCGAUGGUCUCUACUUUCACGCAAACGACGAGUCGAUUCGGAUCCUCGUCAAGGCCAUCUCUCGACACGACGGAAUCAAAAAGUGCUACCUAUACGAUACCAAGAUGACCAACCUCAGUUCCGGACGCAGUGCCAUGGAAAAGUUUGUCAGUGCCAUUGCCAAGAAAGUAGAAAAGUUGGUCAUUAUCGGAUGUCGACUGGCAGCACUGGAAGAAGCCGAAGCGGGUGUAUGGGAUGGAUCCUGUCUCGUCAAGCUCUGUCGGUCCACCACUCUGCAAGAAGUCAAGCUGCACAACAUUCGAGAACUCCAAGAAGAACACAUGGUACUCAUGUCUCAAGCACUCACUACCAACACUUCCAUUCGAAAACUCAGCAUCCUCAAGACCCAAGAGUUGGCUGAUCUUCCACCCGAAGAAAGUCUGCAUGCCAGCAAUCAUCGUCAACUGGACAAGAAAAAGAAGAAAAAGUCCUCGCGCCGAAGCAACCGUCAGACACUCUCCUCGGAUGCCGGGACACUGGCCAUGGCCAACAUGCUGCGGGAGAAUACCACUCUGGAGGAAAUCUGCCUCAGUGCCGUGGACUUUAACGAGUACUCGGCCAUGUUCUUGGGAAAUGCACUCGAGCAAGACAAUACCACAUUGCGAGAAUUGUGGCUCAUGAUCCCGGCGCACAAUGGAGGGACAUCGUCCUUUCCGGUCGAUGAUCGUCGUAUCGAACACUAUCUGCGCCUCAAUCGCGCGGGACGUUAUCGUGUCAUGCAACAGGCAGCCGAUGCAGGAGGUUCCAUGAUACCGACUGGAGACGAGAGAAAGUUUUGGAUCAACACACUGCUCGUAUCCAAGCGAGACAUUGACUGUUCCUUCUUUCUGCUCCGCAACAUGCCGUCGCUUUGUGAUGGGACCAUUCGAUGAUAGAAUGGCCUUUGGGUUCUGUGUGCCUCUACCACAUGUUUUAGCCUCCCCUUCCGUCUUCCAAUAAAGCAACGAAUUCUAAAAACAAAUAGAGCAACUUAUCUUUUG